GCAAAUUAGAUACAUUGAACGUGGACAUUUGUUGUUGAAGCCUUGUAGGCUAUAAGAGAGAUCUACUCAUCGCCAUUAGUUGGUACACUACUGCUUCCUACCUUCUCCACCAAUCAAAGAAGAAAACUUAAAACAGCAAGCAAAUGGCUCUAACAAGGGCUGUAGCUGAUUACAAAUCCAUAGCAGCAAAUAAAAAAGAGGAAGAAGGGUUGAGGAAGAGAAACCAGGAGUUGGAGAGGGAGUUGAAGGAGAGCAGGGAGAGAGAGGAGCAGAUGAGAAAGGAGUUACAAAAGAUGUGGGAAAGGCUAAGGGUGGCAGAAGAGGCAGAGGAAAGGCUCUGUUCUCAGAUGGGAGAGCUAGAAGCAGAGUCCGUCAACCAGGCCCGUGCUUACAACGCCCACAUCAUAUCCCUCAUGGACCAGCUCUCCAAGGCUAACGUUCUCGUCGACAACCAUCGCUCCCCUGCACCCAUCUCCAUCCUUUGAUCUUUUCACUUUAAUUUCUCAACUAUUUUCUUGUAGUAUGUACUAUAUUUUUGGGCUUCCGCUUUUGGGUGAUGUUUUAUUAUGGAAACAAAGGUGUGAGGCUUCUAAAUCCUUGAAUUUUGUGUAUGGAUCCGUACACAUAAUAGUUUUAGUUUGUCGUGAAUUAGUAAGUGCCGAGGCUACUGAUGAAGCAUGCGUGUAACAAUGUGAAAAAUUCAUAGUCUAUGUUUCAGUUUUUUUCGCUGUUGGAAAUGUAAGGAUCAUCCCUCCCUCGUUGUCAAACUUAAACAAGUUUACGAGGCGUCUAAUUAUUUUUUUCUCUCAUGGAUUUGGUGUCUAAUAUCUUCUUGUUUUUGUUUAAGGUCGGGGAGAAAGAGAAGUCCAACUGACCUGACUCUUUUACUCCGUAAGGACCAAUAAACCUUUGAAUUUGAAGCAAAGUCGUGGUUCUAAAUGUAAGUUUAUUUUUAAAGAUUAUCGGCUCCAGGUUUAUACAAAGGUUUGUUAAAGCUUGUAUUAUAAUAAAGAUCUACUUGUUAUUUAUUUUGUAAGA